CUUAAAACUUUUUGAAUUUAAAAAAUAAAAAAAAGCCGCUAAUUWCACUAUGUCUCUUUUAAAUGAAACUUUAGUAACUGCUUUAAGACAAAUGCUGUCAAAUAAUACAAAUACAGAAAAAUCAUUAGUCUUUAAGUUUUCAUUACUUAGUUUAGCUGGACUUAUACAAAAUGAAACAAAUGGUCAACUAAUCGAUAUUAUUGAAAAAGGAAUAUCGUAUUUAGAAAAAGACGAUUACAAUGCUUUUGAACAAACAUUACAUGAGGCUCUCAAAAUUGCUGACGAUUUAACGAAUUAUGAUGAAAUUACAUAUGUUUAUGAUCUGUUAGCAAAUGCAGCAUUAUUUAUGGAAAAGGAUCAUSAAAAGUCGAAAUUUCUACUUAUACAAGUCUUUAAUCGGUUAUUAAAUCAAGGAAUGGAUGAAGAUGAUUAUAUGAUUCUAUUCAUAACUCUUAAAAUUUCUAAAACUCAUGAACUUGUAAACGAUUGUACUUCUGAAAUUGGUUACAAAUUCUGUGUACAUCAUUUAAAUAAGAAGCUCAAAAGUGAUCCUCAUAAUAAAGUAGCAUUAGGUUUAUACGUUAUCACAUUUGAAACUUAUGCUAAUUAUUUGGCAAACAUUUGGGAAUUUGAUGCAGCGAUAAAAUGUUUCAAAAAGGCAUAUAAAACCAGCGUGAAGUUAAAUGGUGAAGUAUUUGAAGCGAAUAUCAAUUUGUUGAAUGCUAUAGGAAACCUAUACUAUAUUCAAAAAAAGUUGAAUAUAUCAUUAAAACACUUUAAAGAUGCAGAAAAAAUUGGGAAACAGCUUCCUGGCUUGAAAAAUUUUUCAAAGGUUCAUAUUAAUCUCAGCUAUGUUUACUUAGAACAAGGAAUGUUAAAAGAAGCAGAACGAUAUUGUAAGAGAGGAAUAAAAAAUGCCAUUAAACAUUGUUAUGACGAAGGAAAAAAAGAAGGAAACAUUUGUUUAGUGAAAGUGCAAAAUGCUAUGAAGCGUAAGAAUUAGAAAAUUCAUUUUUUUUUUCAAACCAAAUGUUUAUAAGUAUUUCAUAUUAACAAAAAAUAGCACUAAAAAUCUAAAAUAGGUACUUUAAAUAUGCAACAAAAAAAAAAAUUAGCAAAAUUAAAUUUAAAAUCUCCUUUCAUUUCAAAAGUCCUUGGUGGCUGCCGGCUGGUGCAUUAAACAAGUUUAAAACUUAAUCUGAUAUUUUUUUUUUAACCUAUAAUAAUUAUAGCAAAUGCUAUAAGAUCUGAAAACUGAUUACUAGUUUAACUUGUGAGAUUGUUUUAUAUAAUUUUAUGAAUUUACUGUUAAUACUGGCUGAUAAUUAAAUUUCUGAAUACAGUCUCUUUCGAUUAUUAUA